AUGGCAGAACGACGCAGGAGGCUCCAGCUCUCUGUUCCGCCCGACGAGCGCCGGCCGCUGCUCAGCAGGCUGUCGACGGAGCACGAAAACGGCGAGCACGUCUUCAGCUGCCGCACGAACCCGCACAGCGACCUGCCCGUGUACACAAACAUUCAUCGCAUCCGGCGCGACAUUGUGAGCGUCGUGGAGGAUUACUUGACGCUGGAGCAGCUGCGGGACGUCAAGAUCAAUGUUACCGUGAUUCGGCCGCUGGUGGACAAGUUUUAUGAGCUGGGGGAUGUUUCCAUUGUAUACUGCCUGCUGGUCAACAGAGCCCAGUUCCUAGACGAAAAUUCGCGGUCCACCAACCGCCAAAACGUCAACUGGACUCGCGCCACCCUGUGCGAGCUCAUCGCCACGCGUAUCCUGCGCCGCUUUGGCGAAGACCACGACGACGACCACGAAGGCCUGCUGCUGCUGGCGCACAUCCUCGUCGCCGGCUUCGAGCCCUUCCAGAAUGCGCCGGCGCACGUCCGCGAGGAGGCCGAGGACAAGGCCUGGUGGACGACGCACCGCACGCUGCCCGCCCUCGAGGUCGCCAUCUUGACCGAGAGCAGACACUUUCUCAGCUCGACAACGGCCCAGAGGGUCGUGUCGGCCAUCUACGAGGGCCGCGUCAUCUACACGCCGUCGACGUCGUGGGACAUUAUCCCGGACCACUACAAGCUGAAGCCCAUUUCCAUCUACGAGCCGCGCGAGUCGCCGCUGCUGAACCAGUAUCGGCUGAUUGUGCCGCGGACGCGCAAUUACCUCGAGGCCAUUCAGUUUACCAUCUUGCUCGGGCUGUAUGUGUCCGUCAUGAUUUUGCGGAGGAAUGGCGAGUUUCCGUAUCUGGAGGCUGCGUUUGCGAUAUUUGCGUUUGGAUGGUGCUUGGAUCAGUUUGCGACGAUUCUGGCACACGGAUGGAACGUGUACACGCAGAAUCUGUGGUCUUUUCUCGACGUCACCUUCAUCUUCCUUUUCGUCAUCUACAGUGGCCUUCGCCUCUGGGGGGUAUGGACCGGAUUGCUGGGGCCCUCGGAGCAGGCGUUUGAUGUCUUGGCGCUCGCGGCACCUGUGCUGGUCCCUCGCCUGGCGUUCAACUGGCUGUCUGACAACUUGGUCUUUUUGUCGCUGAGAUCCAUGAUGGCCGACUUUUUCCUGCUCACUGCGCUUUCGGCGUGGUGCUUUUUUGGAUUCUUGCUGUCUCUGCUGUGGCUGGGAGAGGGAGCGCAUCCGUUGCUCACGAUUUCGAAAUGGAUGAUUUACAUCUGGUUUGGACUCGAUGGCACUGGAAUUCACCGAUCGGUCGAAUUCCACUGGCUACUGGGACCCGUCGUCAUGAUCACAUUUGCUUUCCUGGGCAACACUCUCUUCCUUACUAUCCUCGUUUCCAUGCUGUCGAAUACAUUCAGCAACAUCUCCACCAACGCUGCAGCCGAGAUACACUUUCGAAAGGCUGUGCUCACGCUUGAAGGUGUCAAGGCGGACGCUGUUUUCGCUUACCAGCCUCCGUUCAAUCUCCUAGCCGUCUUCCUUCUUCUGCCGCUCAAAUUCGUCGUCAGCCCGCGAUGGUUCCAUAAAAUCCACGUCGCCACUGUUCGGUUGGUCAACCUUCCCCUGCUGCUCUUCAUCGCCGUCGCCGAGCGCCGCCUGCUGUGGCCGGACAAGAGUUCCGAAGGAGGAACUGUCGGCUCGCUGGCCCAGAAAUGGUUCUGGCAAAGGUGGCAGCUCUCAGCAUAUCAGUACAUCCGCGCCGUGUUUGACGUGCCGCCCCCGGAGGAUGUAUAUGAUGACAUUGCCGUGGAUGACGACCUGACGCACCACCUCAUUCGGAGGCAAUACACGCGGCAGGAGACCCAUGACUCGGUGAGGAGGCCCUCGCGCCGAGAUUCCAUGUUUGAAAUCCCGCCUAAGCUGCGGUCGUCACUCACGGAAACGGGUGAAGAUUACGCAGAUAUGGCAGGUAGGCUGGCUGCCAUGGAGAAGGCCAUGCAGCGGAUGGAGGAUAUGCUCUCGAGGCUUCUCCCGCCGGAUGGCAGUGAAAUUGGGGAGAGUGACACACUGCCCGCGGGCGAUGGCACUACUUUGGAUUCGUCUUUCAAAGGACGCGAGACGAAUUUUUGA